UGAACCGACCGCGUGUGCGUGCGCAGUUUCACAUGUGAUAAUCGAUCUACAAUGGAGGUGUGAAUUGAAAAUUCGUGAAAUUUCUAUUGUGUUGUGAUUAGUGUGUGUAUUUCAAGAUGAAAUUUUUUUUGUACAUAGUCAUCUGCGGUUUGCUAAACGAAUUAGUGAGUUCUUAUGAAGAGGAAUUCAAUAUACUAAAUAACUUUAGGAACCUUAAAAAUUCAACCGAUGUUUUUGACCUUGUAACCGGAAAUGAUGGCUUCGAUGCAAUUCAAAUCAAGGCGAAAGAGACGAUAGCGAUAGCGGUGAAAGAUUUUAAUCCACCGCUGAAAACGCUUACAAUACCAUACAACUUCCAAGCGACCUUUAAAUUGGACUUAGAGUAUAAAGCGUGGUGUAUUUUUUCCAUUGUCACAAAUGGUAUCACCAACAUAGCUCUAUGCUUUGAUAUUUCUUCAGAAGGUACUAUAAGAAUAUACAUAGAAGGACAGGGUAUAAUCAAUCAAGGACGGUUUGUAGACAACAUGAACGAUACCGAUUGGAUUGACGUUUUUAUUCGAAUCGAAAUGAAUAAAGUAAUAAUUUACGCGAAAUGUGAGGAGUUGGAAGAAAUAUUUGAGGAUGAUUCUAUACAAGAUAUCGAGUUUCAGGACGAUUCGAUUUUAUAUUUGGGUAAAUAUACCGAGCAGGAUGAAAAGACUUAUAAGGGUGCGAUAGAGACUUUAAAAAUUACCAAUGGUGGGGACGGUAUUUCUGAAGUCUGUUCAAUUGAUUUACCGGCUAGCCCUCCAGGAUCUUUGGAACUCAUCACUAAUAAAGACCAUCCGACAGCUGAAUACCUUAGAGCAUUUAAGGAUGACCUAUAUGCCGCCUCUGAUUCUGAUUCGGAAGAAAUAGGAGAAAAGGGCGAAAAGGGAGAUAAAGGAGAUACUGUUAUUGGACCAACAGGACCACAAGGACCGAAAGGAGACACAGGGGCGUGUCAUUGUACAGAAAACGAUGUAUCCAAGAUACUUAGGAGUGUCGUAAGCAGUGUGCCAGAAUUGCGUGGUCCCCCUGGAGAAGUCGGGCCACAAGGUAGAGAUGGAUCUAUUGGAGAACCAGGAGCCCAGGGUGAUACCGGUCCAGUUGGGCCUGCAGGCCCUAGGGGAGAAAGAGGCGAACCAGGUGAUCCUGGAAGAGAUGGACAUAGUGGGCCUAAAGGUGACCCUGGAAAAGAUGGCGCUAGAGGUCCUCCGGGUCCCCCUGGUCCAGAAUGUCCCGCACGAGUCAUAGAGAAAAUAGAAGAGACAACAGUUCCUGUGAAGGGUGAGAAAGGUGAUUUGGGACCAAUCGGGCCGCCAGGAGAUGCUGGCAUUAGGGGGAUCGAUGGACAGAAAGGAGAGAAAGGAGAGCAGGGAAUGAAAGGGGAGAAGGGGGAUGAAGUUACAAAAUACCUGACCUAUAAGGGCUUGGAUGGUAAACCAGGAGUUAAAGGUGAUAAAGGUGCACCUGGUGAGCGGGGUUUGGAUGGAGUUAAGGGUAUUCAAGGAGAGAAAGGGAAACUUGGGAGCCACGGGAAUAAAGGAGAUAAGGGAGACAAAGGUGAUGUUGGUGCACCAGGAUCGCCGGCAAAAUUGUCAUCAAUACUAGAUGCAACAAUAGAUCCUGAUGAAAAUGCAGCUGUGGUUGAGAAGCUUCGGGGGCUUAAGGGUGAUAACGGUGAGACAGGUCUUAAGGGAGAAAAGGGUGAUCAGGGGUUAAUAGGACCCCAAGGGCCUCCAGGCAAAGAUGGCGUUGACGGUUCCGAUGGCGAACGAGGUCUGCCUGGUCGCCAAGGAGAUUUGGGCCCUGAAGGUCCACGGGGAGCAAAGGGUGAACCAGGACAUCCCGGUGCACCAGGAAAUGUUCCUGAAUCUGCCAUUGCUUUAUUAAAAGGUUCCAAAGGAGACCGUGGUGCUCCAGGAAAAAUGGGUGGUCGUGGACAUACAGGGCAUCCAGGAAAACAUGGUUCGGUCGGACCAGCGGGUCCAAAGGGGAUUAAAGGCGACAGAGGAUCACAGGGUUUCAAGGGUGAAAAAGGAGACAAAGGGCUCGACGGAACACAUGGACCAAAAGGGGAAAAAGGUGAAACACCUUUUAUAGACUACAAAAAGGUCAAAGGUGAAAAAGGUGACACAGGUGAGCCUGGAAUUGCCGGUGAAGCAGGGAAACCUGGUAUACCUGGCACAUGUGAAGCAUCGGCCUGUCCAUCUAUCCCUGGUCCACCUGGACCGCCUGGUCCCCCGGGUUCACCAGGAAUAUCCCUCACUGGACCCAAAGGAGAACCUGGUGGUAUUGUGCCCCAGAAUAAUUUUGUGCGAUCAGGUUCAUUUGAUGAUGACGAAGAUAUGUACACAGCCGCAACAAUCGUAUUUAAGACUACUUCGAUUCUUCUAAAGAAAACUACCGAUAUUCCAGUUGGCACGAUAGCCUACGUAAUACAAGAAAGAAUUUUACUUGUACGCGUUGAAAGUGGUUGGCAAAAUGUGGAUAUGGGUUCGCUAUUUUCAGCGCGAAGUACGUCUUAUGGAUACGCUGAUAUUCCCGAGUCAACUUUGCCUGCGAGGACUUUAUCUAGCGAUGAAAAGUCAUUUAUCCGUCUCGUCGCCUUGAACGAGCCGUAUCGAGGGAAUAUGUUGACAUCCAUGAACAGGACUGGAAGGAACGCAGUCAAUCAAGAGUGUUAUCGACAGGCAUUCAGAGAAUUCCGUGCGAAUAAUUUUGUCGCGUUCCUCACUAAUAAUGUGGAGGAUCUGAAAUCUCUAGUCAAAACAAGUGCGGAUCGAGUCGUACCAAUUGUCAAUUUACAUGGAGAAGUUCUUUUUGAAUCCUGGCUGCAUCUUUUCAAUGGGUCUGGUGCACCACUACCAAUGAAUAAGCUGUAUAGUUUCAACGGGCAAAAAGUUAGCAGUAAUAAAAAUUGGCCAGAAAAAGCGAUAUGGCACGGAAGUGAUGCGUAUGGUUAUAGAACUUCAAGAGCGUUUUGCGAAGAAUGGCAAAAUGAUAAUCCACUGGAUUUUGGAAUGGCUUCUCCGUUUGAAGAAAGCAAGCUUUUAUCCCAAACACUUUAUCCAUGUGAUAGUAAGCUGAUUGUAUUGUGUGUAGAAGCAACAUCUAGAAAGCACACGAGUAGAAAAAGACUACAAUCUACGCGAAGAUCCCGACAUACAAAGAAAGAAGAUAUAGACAUAGAACCUUGAAAAGCAACAGUAUUAUAGUGUUACAUGUUUGUAAAUAAAGACAUAAUACAUACAUUUCGGAAUAAUUUUCUAAUCAUAUUUAAUUUGGAAUAAGAACUCUUUAAAUAACAAAUUUUUGUACCUAAUAGAGAAAUAAUUAAAAUGGAGAUUCUUAUAAUAGUGUAACCUACACUUACUGCCAUAUACAGAUUACUAUUAUGUCUGAAGGUAGAGUAAAAAUUAUACUUGAAUUGUAUAACGACGUAAUUUAGCGACGUUUAAUGCCCCAUUAGUUGACGAAUGAAUUUAAUUUGUAUGAACUUUUCACAAUCUUUACAAAUACCUAACGCCCAAACACAGUAUAAUUUAAUAUAUUAGUAACCUUUAAUAUUAUUAUCGAUCUAGUGUCGCGGUCUGAGAUUGCGGACUAAUUAUUAUUGGGUUCUGGGUGAAGUAAUCGAUCGUGAACGACUAGGCUUAUUUAUAUGAGAACCAAUGGAAGAAAUUACUACAAAUAACAUAAAUUGUUUCCAUACAAGUUAAUGAAUCCUAAUUAGCUAAAUGAUAAAUUUAUUUAAUAGCGUAACUUUCAAUCUACAAGCAAAACCGAUGCCAGAAUUUUUAUAUGCAAGUUCGAUGUAGUUCUAUCAAUAUCCGUAGCGCUGAUGUUGCAACCUUCAGAUCGUGCGGAACAAAAACUCAUUUGGGAUUGGGAUCAUUGUCGGUAUCGCUAUUCGAAGUUACAGAGGCUCAAGCCCCAUUGUAAUUCUAUUGAAAGGCUUACGGGACUUUAUAUACUUAUAUACUUUAUAUACUUUACAUAUAAGAUUUAAUUUUAAUUAAUUCGUUUGUAUCAAAAUAUAUUCCAAAUAUUCGCCAUUGUUGUUGACGCAAAUUUGUUAAUUAAUAUUAAAGGUUUUUAAAUAGCUUUAUACAACUCAAAAUGAUAAUACUCUUAAGUUUCUAGUUAUUAGUCAUAAAAUAUGACAGUAAGUUACAACUGUGUAAGAUGCAUUUGUUCUAUAACUUAUUCGAUAGGCUAUGAUUGUGGUUAUAGUAUUUUAUACUUCGUGUGUGUAAGUCACUUUAAGGGACUGUUCCACCAUGUACGGAUAAGUUCCAAAUAAGAUAUUUAUUACUUAUUUGUAGGUUAAAUAGUAUUGUUGCGUUUCACGACUGUCAGAUAGCGCUAUUCGUCAUUAAACGCGAUGUAUCUUAUUCGGA